AUGAGUCGUAGCUCAAGUUCCAGAAAUCCAUUUCACACCCAUGCUCAUGAAACGAAUGCACCACCAAGUUCUCCACGACAGCAGGACCCUCAAACGACUGCCAUGAGGGAAACCUGUACCAGCCAUCAACACAACUCCCCGGGAAUGCAUAAGGCAAAUGUAUGGGAAUCCGAGCUCAUUCCACUAGACCCGCGGACCAGGAUCGAAAGAGGAGAACCCAUCGAAGAACUAGAAGGAGUUCAAGUCUGUGUCAAGGACCCAACAAAGGAGCUCAAAAUUUAUCGCGAGCUGCAACCAUCCACCCGAAACAAAAUUAUGGCAUUCCUUAGACAAAACCUUGAUGUCUUCGCCUGGAAUCAUGGGGACAUAAGAGGAAUAGACCCUAACAUCACAUGCCACAAAUUACAGAUGGAUCCUUCAGUUCGGCCAAAACAGCAAAAACGACGAUCUCUGAACCCUGAAAGAUAUGAAGUAAUCAACAAGGAGGUGCAAAAACUGUUGCAUAACUGUUUCCUCCGUGAGGUCAAAUACCCAAAGUGGGUCGCAAAUCCGAUCCUUGUGAAAAAACACAACGGAGAUUGGAGGGUAUGCAUAGACUUUACCGACCUCAACAAAGUAUGCCCAAAAUACAGUUUUCCUUUGCCAUGA